UCGGACUACCGGUAUAGUUAUUUAUUGACCUUUUUAAACGUUGCGUGGAAGGGAAAGGAAUUCAAAUGGACUCCGAAAUCCGCAUGUAUUUUAUCUAUCGGUGAUAUACUAGCCUCACACGCACCUGCAUUUUUGUCAAGUUCGGUGCACAAUUUCUGAGCAAUAACAGAUUGAGAGUGUUUUGUCACAGUUGGAGCUAUUUUAGUUUCAGUUUUACAUGUAAGGCGAGGAGAAUAUCUAGAUCACAAAUAGAAUGGUGUCAUUGAUAGAGACAUCUUUUAAAACGGUUCAUUCAAGCAAAGGUAAGUUCACAAAUAAUACCAGUUUGAAGGGAAAUUUAAACUGAGUUAAUUUUUAAAUGUUAUCCUAAAAAUUAGCAUCAAAUCGUUUUUAUAUUUAAGAACGAUGCUUCACAUUAUUGGAUUGUUGGUCCAAUUAAACGCACAAAAAAGACAGCUAUUUUGAGUAAUUGAGUAUGAAAAAUUGAGAUAGCGGGAUCGGUAUGAAAAACUUAAGAUAUUCACAGCAAGAGCAAUAUUUUAGGCUAUUUUUUAUCAGCAGAUAGAGAUAUACAUACUUAAUAAGAAUAUGUCGGCUGUACGUAUUAAUAUUUAAACAUUUACCUGUUAGCAAACCCAUUUCUUUAGUCAUGGAUUUGACAUGGACAUGGAGAUACAGAUAUAGCGGAAAUAAUUCUUUGUAUUACGCACAAAAUUUGACAUGCAGAAUCUAGUUUGUCGUCGCCGACGUUUCUUUCCCAAAAUAACUGUUACUAAAUUGUAAUAUCGAUCAGUCAAGAUUAGGCAUGACUCGGCUACAGUUUGUAAUGUAUACAAAACAAAAUUAUGCCGUGAAACGAUACAUAUAAAAUAAAAUAUGAAUGUACUAUUUCAUGAAAUGUGAAGGUAUAUUUAGAGAUAAAUCCAGCCCGAAUUAAAAGAAAGUUUGAGUUCAAUAUCGAUCAAUAUUCAUUACCUUUUAUGUAAGAUUACAUAAAUUUCGACACUCCUUGAAUAGUUUUGAGACCAUUUUAGCAGAAUUGUCUAUUUAAUGUCGACCAGUUAGUGAGAGCCGGGCUUAUCAUGUUGGCUCGGCUAAAUUAGAAUUAAUAAAAACAUAAACUUUAUUCAAAACACCGAGUCAACAAUUUAAAUAGAUCAUAUUCACAGUUAAUGUUUAUUCAAAGUUCAGUUUUCAAAAACCAAGCCUGAUUAAAACUAAAAUUUUCGUUUUGCUUUUUACUCGCUUGAUUUUGUGAUGAGAUCUGAUUGUUACCAAUUUAGCUCUGGACCAGAAAUAGGAAAACAGCCUGCAUAGUUGUAGCCUUUAAUACGUAAUGGUAGAACUAUUUUUGCGACGGCAGAAUUUAUCGAAGCAAAGCGUGGUGUACAGCAGGCAUAUAAUUCACGUAAAUGUAUGAUUGUUGGCAAAAAACAGCAACUAAAUUAUUUAUAGAACUGUUUUAGAUAAGAUGAAGUUUUUUGAAUUAACUUUUGCUUUUAUUUUUUAAAAACUCGUUGGUUUCAAAACCUGUGAUCGAAAAGAUAAAGGUUCAUUAAGCAUAUGACUAUAUGUAUUGGAGGGUUAAUUCCUUCUAUAACCAUCCAGGCGACCGCCUGGUAUUUCAAGUUGGGAUAUAGAUAUAUAUAUAUAUACAUAAAUAAAUAUAUAAUAUUUAAGACAAAUAGGUGGCAAGCGGUUAGCGGGUGAUUUAAUUACGUUUGCAUUAAAAGUGUGAUGUUUCGUCUGUUUUAGAUUUAGUAGCUUCAAAGAUCCAAGUACGGCUGUUUGUUAUACUUUGUAUCGAUGUUGGAUUGGGACGAAUUGUAGAAUACCAGAGGUUAGAAUGCAAAUGUAAAUAUCGACCUUUGUCCAAAAACUCUUGUCAUGAAGCAUACUCUGGUCCAUAUUUUUCAGUUUGAAUCCAAACUAGUAAAAUGAACGCCAUUUAACGUGUAUCGCUCCUUACUCUAGAUCAGGACAGAUAGCAUUGACUGAUGGUUUCGUCGAAAUUCCAUACAGAGCCAGGAAACCUCCCACCAACAUGUAGUCAAACAGCGAAUGGUCAACCAUUUUUGUCAUUUAACAACCUUGUGCACGAGUAUACAAUGUGUCAAUGCAAAUUCUAUGUUCAAAAUCAACAAUCAUCAUCCCACGUAUCUACGUGAAUAUAUAUAUAGUUUACAAAUCAUGACGUGGAUCACGUUCGAUACUAAUACUGUUUUUAAACAAUGGCUUAAUGAAAAUAAAGUAUUCGGUAUUAGCAAUAGCUCUUCAGCUUAGAAGCAGAUAGAUCUGUAAAUAAAAGAGAAGUAGAUUUAUUACAGCAACGUAUAUAUAUGUGGACUUUGUAAUGUAAGGAAUUUGCGCAUAGACUUGUUCUUAUGCACUAUUUGAAGACUCAAACCGGCGAAACCGAAAACACAACCUGAACCCAAUUGACGAAAUCGUAGAAAAGACACACAAUCACUAAAAUCUACAAUAUUCAGUAAUGCGUUUAAUCUGGACAAGUAAAUGGCUUUUGGAAAUUUGCGUAACCCCGAUAAGCCACGAACGGCUUACAAUUCUGGAAUGGAAUGUUGAUAGUAUCACAAUUAGGCUAGCUUAAAUUUCACGCCAGAUUUUGUUUCUUUUAAAGGUUAGUUGUUUGCGGAUGUUUUGGCAAAAUCUGCAGUGGUAUGCAGAUUAUGCAUUACUACAUAUUAAUGAAAUGCUAUCUUUUUAUUUCGAUUUGCGGUUUAAUUAGUUCGAUAAUAUGCUUGUUUGCAGUUUGUAUGCUGGCACAUUUUACACACAGACUGCUCGUUUCGAAGAAGAAUUAGCCUAUACAACACCGAAAAAUAGCAAAUUUGAAAUAGCAAAAUGAGCGAAUUGUCAUCUACAGAAGCAGAUGUAUUCACUUCUGCACUAAAUUCCACCUCGUUGGAUGACGAAAUAAUCUGUUUAUCGCAGGAAAACAACGCAGUAAGAACUGCAGGGAUUGUUGUUUCUGUGAUUGCCAUUUUGGAAAAUUCUUUUCUACUUAUUGCAAUGAUUAUUUACUGGUCAAAGUUUCUGUCUAACUUGUAUCGUUUCGUGGCUUCACUCAUAUGUGCAGAUUUGAUGGUUGCCUUAUUCUCAAUUUGUAUGAACGUUUUGAAAUUCUACAAUUCGCCUGCAAUUCUCAUCGCGUUUAUUAAAGGAGGUUAUGCAACAAUGCACAUGGCAUCCACUUUCAGCGUGUCGUUGGUCAACGCAUCUGUAUUUUUCACAUAUUCACGAUUUACAACGAGACUGCUUGAACAACAACUGAAAAACAUGGAGAAUAAACAUGAAUCGAGAAUUCGGAAGUAUUUUCGGAAACCGAUUGCUGCAUAUAUUACAAUCAGUGGAGUAUGGGUUAUUGGUGUCGUUUAUCUUGUAUUGUCAAUGUUAACAAGAUGUACGCCAGAGGAGCACAACUGCCUAGAGACCUGUUCAACAAUCGUUCGUCGACCGAUGUUUCCUGGAGAAAGUUCGGCUUGUGACAGUCAGCACUGCAAUAAGUUUUUAUCUCCGUUAUCUUCGUAUUACACACUAUCUGUUAUCAUCAUGUUUUGGGUCAGCUUCAUAUUUUUAAUCGGCAGCACAUUGACUGUUGUAUUUGUCAAAGUCAAAGUUAAAAUGAUUGGAGGAUCAAUAGACAAUAGCGGAUUUCAAAAUGAUGAAAUGAAAGUAGAAAACGUUUCCAAUGCGGGUGAAUUGACUUCUGAAGUCGAAGGAGCCGACCCUGGCGAACACCUUGAAGAGAUACCAAAUAUUAUAAAAGAAACAGAAAGCGAUGAACCAGAUAUUACGACGGUCACAAAAAGCAAAAUACCCAGCAGAAGGAAAUCGACUCAUUAUACCAUUGAAAGAAGAUUUGGAUUUAAUCGUGAUCUAAUGUCAAGGUUUUCGUUGUUGAUCACCAUAACACAGCUGAUAUUUUGGAUGCCUGUAACUGGACUCAUUUUAUAUACAUUAUUUCAAAACCAAGCAUUUUCGACCUUCUAUAUUUACGAAAUAAUAAUGGUGUAUUUUUCUCUUCCAACCAUUUUAAAUCCGUGGAUAUGUCUCCUAACGAUGAGUAAAUUGAGAGAUGCGAUAUUCAGCAUGUAUUAUUCUAUUUGCCACUGAACACGGAUUCAAGUGGGAAGCUGUUUCAAAAUUUUCAAUAUAUAUUACCGAAAAGUUCAAUUGAAAGGAUGUUGAUGACGAAAAUUAGGAGACGAAAAGUUGCAAAUUUACAUUGACGUAUCCAUUUGUUCUUGAAUGUCUUUUUUUUCAUUUUAUAUCUUACCACUGAAACAAAACUUUUUCUUUGCCAUAACAUCAAUGGGAACUAACUGAGCAGAUAUAAAGCAUUCCCCGUCGCCAAAACCAGCGAAUUUGUCCCACUAACAUUAAGAAUACAUAGGUACUAGGAAAGAUAAUUUUAAAUCAAUAAGCUAUAAUAUUGCAAAUAUAUAUAUAAUGCACUGAUGAAUAUAUAAGUCAAAGAAGAGCUGGGAAAAGUGGAAAAACAUAGCUCAAUAACAAAGAGGAAAUAUGAAUAUGCAUAUAUCAAUAAAUUCUUGAGGAGUUAUUUUUUAUUAUAAAUUUUGCUUACUUGUG